AUGGAAGAGGAACAGGGGAUCGGUAUCUUGCCCGCAUUCAUCCAUGAAAGGACACACACUGGUGAGAAACCUUUUGCCUGCACUAUAUGUGGAAGAGCAUUCACAACAAAAGGCAAUCUGAAGGUUCACAUGGGCACUCACAUGUGGAACAGUACUCCUGCAAGACGAGGCAGACGACUUUCUGUAGAUGGCCCCAUGACAUUUCUAGGAGGCAAUCCUGUAAAGUUCCCAGAAAUGUUUCAGAAGGAUUUGGCUACGCAGUCAGGGAAUGGAGACCCGUCCAGCUUCUGGAACCAGUAUGCAGCUGCACUCUCCAACGGCUUAGCCAUGAAGACCAACGAGAUCUCCGUCAUCCAGAAUGGGGGCAUCCCUCCAGCACCGGGGGGCCUGGGCAACGGUGGCAGCUCUCCCAUCAGUGGCUUGACAGGAAGCCUGGAGAAGCUCCAGAAUUCAGAACCCAACGCACCUCUAGCUGGUCUGGAGAAAAUGGCAAGCAAUGAAAACGGGACUAACUUCCGUUUUACGCGUUUCGUGGAAAACGAAGUGCAGCAAGGCCCAUUUCUGGCAGCAUUACGGCAGCUCAGCCCAAUUAAAACAAAUGCAGUGAGCACAGCAGCCCUCGGGUGA